AUGUUCAAAAUAGUAAAAUAUGAAGAAAAUGUUAAAAAGAUGAGGACUGAGAACGCACCAUGAUUUGAAGAAGACAUUCUAAUGGAGUGCAUUUUGUGUGGAAAAUCCAUUGAUGGAUUACAAGACGAAUCGGUAGUACACAAACCAACAAAACAGGGUCUACAAACCAUCUGUAGUGCUGCUGAAAAAAGACAGGAUACUUUUGGAAUACGAAUUUUAGAAAAAAAAUACGCUAUUUUAGAUGGAACUUUAAAAGUAAAAUUUCAUAAAACUUGCAGAAAAACGUAUACUAGUAAUAUGAAAUUUGCUUCUGCCACCACCAGUGAAACCGAUGAUCUAUUAAACCAGGCAACUGCUUGCUCUAAAACCACCAGAAGUCACACUGGUUCCUUUGAUAUAAGAAGUAUGUGUUUAAUCUGCAACAAAACUGGACCCAGAAAAAUUAAACAAAAGAAGGAAAAAUUAACUUCGGUACAAACAGGUUCUGGCAAAAAUACGUUUAAAAAAAUAAUUGAGGCUGCCAAAGAGAAAAAUGAUAUAUCAAUGAUUUCAAAAUUAUGUGGCUUCGAAGAUUUGUUUGCUUAUGAUGCCAAAUACCACAAAAGCUGCUAUACCCACUCCAUAUCGCGGCGAAAUAUACAAGCCACAAAAAAUGAAAUGAAAAAAUCUUCGGAUCAACUUCCGCAAACUUUAUCGAAAUCAGAGGAGUAUUUUUCAGAUGAGUCCGAUACUACAGAUAAUGAAAAUUAUUUCACGACGGAAAACAAUCAUGAUAGUGGCAUACAAGUAAUUUUACAUAAGGCAGCUGAAAUACUGAAAAGGGAAAUUCGCAAAUUUCAGUCUGAGCAAAAAGAGUUCCCCAUGCCUGAAAACAUUUCUUCAUCUGAAUUUGAAAAACAAGUGCCCAAAUUACUUCUCACAUUUAUGUCUUGGCUAAUAGAUGAUAAUGCUUUUAACAAUGUGGAAAGUGAAGUGGCAGAAGCAGUUAUACCUUGCAGCAUUAUUAUGGCUCUGGUUUCAAAAAUUUAUAAAAAAAAUUACUUUCAAUUUGGAUUGGGACUGUUCAUACAUCAUACAGUUCGUAGUAAACAACUUUUGGAGACUUUAUCUGAUAUUGGCCUCAGCUGUACCUACAAUGACGUUCGCCAGUUAACAACGGCACUUGUGAAACAAAAGGUCCAUAAAGAACCAAUUUAUAUACCACUGGGUAUAGAUAUGGUUAGUCCUUCAAUGAAAAAUUAUAUCCAUGCAAGUAUGGAUAAUUUUGAUCUAAAUGAACAGACUAUUGAUGGUAAAAAUACAACUCAUAGCAUGGCUAUAGUUGUGUUUCAACAGCGAAAUAAUGAUCGUAGUUUUGCACGUUCAAAUAUUUCCAGAGAAGGACCUUAUUCGCUAAACACAGAAGACUUAGAUUUUCCUUUCCAAAACAUUUUGAAGUAUAACAAUCCCCCUAAUCGUCCCAAGCCCUCAUCAUUCAAACAAAUUGUUCUUAACAGACAAGAAGAUGAAAUUGCAAAAAAAACCAAUCUAGCCUGGACACUUUUACGAAACUUUAAUGGCGGAACCCCAUUUUUUAAUUGGUCCUCAUAUAAUAAUAUUUUAUCUGAUAAUGAGAUUGUCGUUUCGGAUAUUUUUUACUUGCCAUUUUUAAACAACCCCGCUACAGAAUACGAUACAAUUUAUACUUCAAUGAUACGCUUACUUCAAUUAGCAAAGGAGCUUGAUCAAAAUCAUAUAGUAAUAACAGCAGAUCUUGCAAUCUAUUCCAAAGCUAGAGAAAUUUUAUGGAACGAUCCACCAGAACUAAAAGGCAGUGUAACAUUAAUGCUUGGAGGCAUGCACUUGAAUAUGGCAUAUAUUGCUAGCAUAGGCUACAUUUUUGGUGACGGCGGUCUUACAACUAUGCUGACUGAAACUGAUGUAUAUGCCGAAGCUACAUGUAAACUUAUGAUGGAAGGUAAACAGUAUUCACGGGCUAUUCGUGGAUUGACUUUAGCUGCUGAUGCCUUAUUCAGAUUGUUUUUCAAAUCAUUAGAACAUUGGUUUAACAAUCCAGAAUCAAAUAAAUUCCUAACUCAGGAGCUUAAUACUUCUAUAGAAGAUUUGAGAAAUGAAUUUAGAAGCCAUAAAUAUGACAAGCAUAAAUUUGAUAAAUUUCUUGAAAAAAUUGAGACGCUCCAGAAUAUCAUCAGACGUUUUGUUGAAUCCGGCUAUGCCUAUUCAACAUUUAAGUUUUGGCACUCUUUCCUAAUAGCAGUUGAGCUUCUCUGGAGACUGCUCAAGUCAGAAAGAAAUGAAGAUUUUCAGGCACACUUAUGUGCUGUAUAUGAUACACUGCCAUAUUUAUCAGCUGCUGGACGAAAUUUAUACUUUAAAUGGGUUCCAGUAUAUCUAUCCGAUAUGGAGAAAUUGAAAGUAGAAGUCCCUGACAUGUUUGAAUUUCUAGCAGCUGGUAAUUUUGUUGUAAAAAAAACCAACGGAAAAAAGUUCAACUGUGUGGCCUCAGACAUGGCUCUCGAGCAAUCCAUUAAUAAAGACUGCAAUAGCUCUUCUGGAAUAAUUGGAUUUUCUAAACAACCAGGGGCUCUUCUACGAUGGAUGACAACAAGGCAUAUAUUGGGAGAUUAUUCUAAAAAUUUUUUGGAAGCCACCUCAAAAAUAGUCAAAAAAGGCAAGAAAGAAGCGUCUCUGCAAACCGACUCUAGGAUGGAAGGAAAAAAUGAAGAAGAUGUUCUAAAAAUCCUCAAUAGCAUAGAGAACUAUUGGUGUAAUCCGUUUGAUCUAGAUAAUGCCCCAGACCGCUUAGUUAAUAUAUGUACAGGAAAAAUAGUUAACGAAGAAGUAGAGAAGAGUCUGGGAAAUUUCUUAGAAAUUGCAACAGAGAAAGUCCAACAUAUUUUGAAUAAUCCACGUGAAGAGGAUUUCUGGAAACCUGCGAAAAGAAACAAAAUACAAACUUUCAAAGACACCAAAGUCAAGCCAAAAGCCAUGGCAAAAAAAACGUUCAUUGGAUCAGAAUGCAUGUUUCGUCGGAUAAUAUGUGCAGCACGAUUUCAAGAAAUGGACUUGUCUAAUAUAUUAUCAUAUGAGUUGUCUUCAGUUCCAGCAUCUCUAUUUCAUGAAGAUGGUUCUAUGCGUAAAACGACAAAAUCCGACUUGGCUAAAAAACUUGAGUCAUUUACUGAAAUAAUUACAACUAUUAACACUAAUGUCAACUCCUAUGUUAUUGAUGGAAUGGUUUUGAUUCGGGAAGUAAAUUUAUCUUCGAUUACAACAUUCAAUGACUUUGGACGAAUGUUUCUGGGACAUAGUAAAAACAAACGUUAUAUUGCCAUACAUGAUAUUGCAAAGAAAUUGGGUCCCCUCGUUUGUGGAAAUCUUCUAGCAAUUCAUUGUUUAACAGGCUGUGAUACUACCAGCGCGUUUUACAAAAUAGGAAAGAGGACAGCUUUUGAUAUGUUGACAAGGAAUAUCAAUGUACUAGCAGAAAUAGGAAAUCUUCCUAAUUUAAGCGAAGAAGAAGCCAUCGAACUAAGUACUAGAUAUGUGUAUACCUUAUACAAAAAUAAAAAUAAGGACAUUGUUAAUCUCAAUGAAAUGCGGUGUUUUUUAACGUCAACAACCAACCGCACGGCAGCAGAACUUCCCCCUACAGAUGACGCUUUUAAGCAGCACCUUAAAAGGUGUAUAUAUCAAUUAAAAAUUUGGUACUCCAGCCAUCAAGCGGAAAAUCAUUUUGAAGAUCCCAGUAGGUACGGCUGGAUAUUGGAGGAAAAUGUAUGGGUGCCUGUUUUAUCAACCCAAGAACCUGUGCCAGAUAAUUUACGAAAAAUUUUAUCCAUCCGCUGUUCCGACAAAAUCUGCAAUAACAGCAGAUGCAUUUGUGUUACUCAGGGAUUAAAAUGCUGUACUGAGUGCAAAUGCAAAUCCUGUUCAAACGCAAUUGUAAUAGAAGAUGCAGACUCGGAUUCUGAUUCAUAUUAA